AUGAGUCGCCUGAUUACUACAAUGUGGUCGCAGCGGUCGAGCACGCUGUUACAGCGACAUUGCAAUAGCAGAGGCUGUGUGAGAUCUUUAUCGCUAUCGCGAUCUUUCCAUUUCACAUCACAUAGGUUUGAUAGCUCAAAGAAUGACAACAAGACACCAGACGGUAAGGAAAAGGAGGAAGGAAAAAAGAAGAACGAUCAGGAUGAACCAGAGUACAAGAAUUUGGGCGACUAUUUCAAAUCCAAGGAAUUUGCAAAGACCAUCUACUUGACAAUUGGUUCUAUUGCUCUUUUAAACCUAAUUGGGAGUUCCACCAACUCCGAAAACCCAGAACAACAACCUCUAACGUUCCAAGAGUUUAAGACCAAAUAUUUGGAGAAAGGCCUGGUUAAAAGACUUUACGUCGUUAAUAAGUUUCUGGUAGAAGCAGAGUUGCUGCCUCAGGCUACUGCAGAGAAUGGGCUCAAGCAAAGUGGGUUUUUCGGUGCUUUUUCAGGUCCUGUAAUUGUUGCAUUCACCAUAGGUUCUGUUGAUACGUUUGAAGAACAAAUGGAAUCUUUGCAGGACGAUUUAAAGAUUGCACCUGAGGAUAGAAUCCCAAUCAGCUACGUGGAUCGUGCUUCAAUUUUUCAAUAUUUGCUACCUUUCUUACCAACAGUUAUCCUACUUGGGGGUCUUUAUUUCAUAACAAGAAGAGUUGGAGGUGGAGCCGGUGGUGGCGGAGCCGGAGGUGGUCCAUUCGGUGGGAUGUUUGGUGUCGGUAAGUCAAGAGCUAAGUUGUUUAACAAGGAAACUGACAUUAAGGUGCAAUUCAAAGAUGUUGCUGGUUGCAAUGAAGCAAAGCAGGAAAUUAUGGAAUUUGUUCAUUUCUUGAAAAACCCUGAUAAGUAUACUGCAUUGGGUGCCAAAAUUCCUCGUGGUGCUAUCCUAUCAGGUCCCCCUGGUACGGGUAAGACUUUACUGGCUAAGGCCACAGCAGGCGAAGCAGGUGUUCCCUUCCUAUCAGUAUCCGGUUCCGAAUUCGUCGAAAUGUUUGUCGGUGUGGGUGCCUCUAGAGUUCGUGAUUUAUUUGAACAAGGAAGAAAAAUGGCUCCAUCAAUAAUUUUUGUGGAUGAAAUUGACGCUAUCGGUAAGGAGAGAGGCAAAGGUGGUGCUAUGGGAGGUGCCAACGAUGAAAGGGAAGCGACUCUUAAUCAAUUACUGGUAGAAAUGGAUGGUUUCAGUACCACAGAUCAAGUUGUUGUUCUGGCCGGUACGAAUAGACCUGACGUUUUGGAUCCCGCUUUGAUGAGACCUGGUAGAUUCGACAGACAUAUUCAGAUUGAUGCGCCUGACGUUGAAGGCAGAAAAGCCAUUUACAUGGUUCAUUUGAAGAAAUUGAAUUUAGAUAAACAAUUUACAGUUACAACAUCCGAUUCAGAAGGAUUAGCUGGUAAGCUAGCCGCUUUGACCCCUGGUUUUACUGGAGCUGACAUAGCAAAUGCGUGCAAUGAGGCGGCCCUUAUAGCCGCCAGACAUAAUGAUCCCUGCAUUGAAUUACAUCAUUUCGAGCAAGCCAUCGAAAGAGUGAUUGCUGGUUUGGAGAAAAAGUCAAAGGUCUUAUCUCCAGAAGAAAAGAAGACUGUGGCAUACCAUGAAGCUGGCCACGCGGUUUGCGGUUGGUUCUUGCAAUACGCAGAUCCAUUGUUGAAAGUGAGUAUUAUUCCUCGCGGCCAAGGUGCGCUGGGGUACGCUCAAUACUUACCGCCAGAUCAAUACUUAGUCAGUGAGGAACAAUUUCAACACAGAAUGAUCAUGGCACUCGGUGGACGCGUCUCAGAGGAAUUGCAUUUUCCAUCAGUGACAAGUGGAGCUCACGAUGAUUUUAAGAAAGUUACUCAAAUGGCUAAUUCCAUGGUGACCGCUUUAGGUAUGUCUCGUAAAGUCGGUUACGUCUCCUACGACGAAAAUGAUGGCGGGUUCCAAGUCAAUAAGCCAUUCAGUGAUAAGACUGCCAGAAAUAUUGAUCUAGAGGUAAAAAAGAUUGUUACGGAAGCACACACGAGAUGUAAGAAACUUCUCACGGAAAAUUUGGAGAAAGUCGAUAAAGUGGCAAAGGAAUUACUGGCAAAGGAGUCAAUCACAAGGGAAGACAUGAUCAGACUACUAGGCCCCAGGCCGUUCCAGGAAAGAAAUGAAGCCUUUGAGAAAUAUCUGGAUCCCAAGAAUGACAAGAAAAUAGACGACACUGCCCCUGCAUCCAAUUAG